AUGACCAGGACAUUGGAGACGAUACCAGCAGAUAUGGCGUCGACCGCACUGUCGUCUGGCCUUUUGAAGCCCAAUUCGAUUUCAGUCAAGGGCUUUAAAAUUACUACCCAAAAGCUGCCCAUACUUAAAGCGGAUCCCAUCGAAGAUAUGGCAAGGAACCUAGGAAUCGCACCACCGGAGAUGAUCUUUGGCGACAACUUCAUUACCAUAGAACAUCAACAGACCCAAUGGCGAAUAGCCUUCAACGCAUUCGACGCAUUAGACCGCGUGGACAAAACUGGCGCAUCGAUGCUGAAGGUUGCCUACUCGAAAGAAUGGCAGAAAAGCAGAGAAAAUACCCAUGAAGGAAUCAAGGAAAUUGUCAAGCCCUUCGAUUGGUCCUACACUACAGACUACGCGGGUACGGUCAAUCCUGGUAGUCGGGCAUUUGUAGCAACAACAAAGCCCAUUCCAAUCGAACUCCUGAAGCGACCGGACCCUAUACUAUUUUACGACGAUGUUAUUCUUUAUGAAGAUGAACUCGCCGACAAUGGCAUUGCUAUGUUAUCCUGCAAGAUCAGGGUUAUGCCUUCAAGACUUUUGUUGCUUACGAGGUUCUUCAUGAGACUUGACAACGUUCUGUUUAGACUUCGUGACACGAGAAUUUAUGUCGACUUCGAUGAAAUGGAGAUCAUUAGAGAAUAUCAAUCGAGGGAGUGUGGGUAUGAGACUGUCAGACAGACCUUAGCAACGACCAGAGAUGAUGUGCCAGCCGUUAUGAGAGAUCCAAAUAGACUUUCCGAAAUUCUCCCGCUUAUUGAGAAGCGCUUGGAGAGAGUCACACUUAAAGACUAAUAAAUUCUUGGUAUAGCGGAGGCUCAAUUUUGCUCAUCGUGGCCAAACCUCAGGACGCUCGAGAAUCUAGUCUGCUACAGGGAGCAUAGUCUGGAGACCUCUCCAGAUCUCCACAUGAUAGAUCUGGAGUAAAUUUCGCGUAUGUGGGGAUGUUCCAAACUCAUUCAACGUGGCUGUGUAUUGUUUUGUUCCACAAGAAAAUACUGCAACUCCUGAAGAAAAUCACAGUACAUAGUAGACACACGCCUCGAUCACUCCAAUGGAGACGGAGUCCCAUAUCUAUCAAAAAGGUCACUCGCAAUUUAAUCUGGCAGUAUAGAAUGACACUUUUGCUGAUAGCCAACGCCAGUUUGAAGAUCGUGAUGGGCAAAGUUGUCUGCAUUUUGUCUGAUUUUAUGGAUGUCUUUGAUGAUUUAUCGCACACUAGUUGAAUCUAAUAGUUCCAUCAGAUCUCACAUACAUGGUUAC